UACCGUUUUCACGGAUAAUUGGAUACCCCGUCCUAUGAAUUACUCCGUGAAACUAAUCUCUGAUGAAUUUGGCGCCACGUUGCCAUGAAACACAGGAACCAAACCAAUAACCAUUCUCUCUCUUCUUCAUCACAACUUCCAGCAGUUCCUUGAAGAUGACAACAAUGGCGUCGUCAACAGUCACUCCACUUCGAGCUUUUCUCUUCCACACUUCCCAACCACCCCCUAAACCUUCCAUUUCUCGACGCUUUUCUCUCCCUCAUCGUCAUCAUCUUCCACUCAAAUUCCCCCGAAAAAGUAACCCUAAUUUCCCGCAAUAUCGCCAUUGUCAACUCACAAUUCCUUGUUCUGCAACUCGAAGUUCGUCGAAUAGAAAGAAUUCUGGGUUAGUUGGUGUUGAAGUUGAAGAUGAAUCUGAAUCUUUUCGAAGAAAAUUAACACAAGCAGUGUUGUGGGUUAUGGAAGGGGUCUACAUUGUUUGGCUAUUUUUGCUUCCUUUUGCUCCUGGUGAUCCUGUAUGGGCUAUCAGUUCGGACACUAUCAAUGAUCUUGUGGGGCUUUCUUUGAAUUUCUUCUUUAUCUUGCCGAUAACAAAUGCUGUUGGUAUUCAUGCUAUAGAAGCCCCAGUUCUUCACCCAAUGUCUGAAGGGCUCUUCAACUUUGUUGUGGCAUGGACCUUCAUGUUUGCUCCUCUACUAUACACUGAUUUUAAGAACAGUAGAUACAAGGGAUCCCUGGAUGCGUUAUGGGGCCUUCAGAUGUUCCUGACAAACACAUUCUUGAUACCCUACAUGGCUAUCAGACAAAAUGGAGCUGAUGCUAGUGACUACCCAAGAAAGCCCUCUCAACUGGGUAUUGUGAUGAUCAAAGGUGCUCCAGUAGUUGGUUUGAUUGGUGGGGCUGUGUGUGCAAUAUCCAUUCUGUGGGCUCUAUAUGGAAGAAUGGAUGGUGAUUUUGGAAGUUUAAAUGAAAGGUGGAAUUUCUUGUUGAGCUAUCUGGGAUCUGAGAGGCUCGCUUAUGCUUUUAUCUGGGAUAUUGUUCUUUAUACAAUCUUUCAGCCUUGGUUGAUUGGAGAAAACCUACCAAAUGUUGCGGAAGACAGACUUAUGUUUGUAAAAUACGCUAGAUUCAUACCAGUAAUUGGCUUGCUUGCUUACCUUCUUUGUCUAAAAAGAGAGGUGGUUGAAGAGCUGCUUGAAUGAUUGAUUAGGAGAACAACUCAGGGUGAGAGUUUCAAUUCUUGAGUUUUCCUCAUUAAAGUGACAGUCGGCAAAUCUAGCCAUAAAUAAGUCAUCAGUCAAUGGUUCAAGAUAUUUAAUUAUAGAGGGGGAUUCAAAUCCGACAUAAAUUCUCAACCUUCUUUGUGGACCCAUUUUUGUUCGUUUGGGUGGAGCAAUGGAACAUAUAUAGCACAACCAAAGAUUUUUAGAUGUGAGAUACUUAAUUCACGACCACAAACAAGUUGUAGUGGUGAGAAUUUAUGAUAAGCUCCGGGGCUCAAUCUAAUUAGUGUUGCUUCAUGUAUUAUAGCAUGUCCUCAAACAAAUAAUGGCAAUUUAAACCUCAUUAAUAAUAGUCUUACAAUCAAUUGUAAUA